AACAUUGAUGAUUUCCUACAAGCACAUGUGACAAAUCACUAGCAGUACAAAGCAAUGAUGGUCGGAAUCCGUACCUCUGCUACUGUCCCAGCUUUAAUCAUCCUUGUCUGCAUCGUACCCUACCUUGUGUAUGCAUAUACUCCUUCUACGUCAAGGUUCCAUCAUCUCACUCCCAAAAUAUCAUCACCCACUGUUCACUUCCCGACUGUUAUCCGCUUGCUUUCAACAAUGGCGGCCGUGUUGCAACAAGAGGAAGUAGUGAUAGUUGGAGCUGGGAUAGCUGGACUAGCAACAUCUUUAGCUCUUCACAGGCUUGGAAUCAGAAGCCUGGUGCUGGAGUCAGCACCGAGCUUGAGGGUUACUGGGUUUGCUCUGGUGACAUGGACGAAUGCUUGGAGAGCUCUGGAUGCUCUUGGGUUAGGAGACGCUCUUCGCCAGCAACAUCAGCGGAUUUAUGGAGUGGUGCAUGCUUCCACGAUUACAGAACAGACGAGCGCAGAGGUGCCUUUCUCUGGUAAAGGACAUGAAGCUCGAUGUGUGCAGAGGAAGCUGUUGCUUGAAGCCAUGGUGAAUGAGCUUCCCGAUGGCACUAUCAGGUACUCAUCAAAUGUGGUUUCCAUGGAGGAUUCUGAGUUGGAUUCUGGGUGCUUAGUCAAGUCGCUGCAUCUUUCUGAUGGCACCGUUAUUAAAACAAAGGUGUUGAUCGGCUGCGAUGGAGUGAAUUCCAUGGUGGCGAAGUGGCUGGGAUUCAGCAAUGCAGCAUUCACUGGAAGAUCAGCAGUUAGAAGCAUGUCAAUAUUCCCACAAGGCCACGAAUUCGGCUCUAAGUUCCUUCUGUUUGUUGGGAAGGGCGUUCGAGUUGGUUGUCUUCCUUGUGAUGACAAAACCUUGCACUGGUUCUUCACUUGGACACCCUCUACCCAAGAGAAGGAUCUCCUAGAUAACCCUGCUAAGCUGAAGGAAUUUGUACUAAGCAAACUCCAGAACACACCUGAUAUGAAGAAAUUCGUUGAGAACACUGAGACAGACAAAAUCAUGUCAUCCCCAUUACGGUACAGGCGGCCAUGGGAGGUUCUGAUAGGGAACAUAAGCAAAGGCAAUGUCUGUGUUGCAGGGGAUGCCCUGCAUCCCAUGACUCCUGAUAUCGGCCAAGGCGGCUGCUCCGCCUUGGAAGAUGGUGUCACGCUUGGCAGGUGCCUUGCUGAAGCCUUGAAGAAGAAUUCUUCUGGCAUGGGAAGUGAAGAGAUAGGCAAGGAAGAGUCUAAAAUGAUUGAGGCUGGAUUGAGUAAAUAUGCCAGAGAAAGGAGAUGGAGGAGCUUUGAGCUCAUUGCCACAUCUUACUUGGUGGGUCGUGUGCAGCAAAGCGAAGGAAAGAUUGGGACUUUUCUGAGAGAUCAUCUGUUGGCUAAGUUUCUUGCUGGGUUGCUGCUGAAAAGAACUGAAUUUGACUGUGGGAAGCUCAUCAGCUAUUAGCAGAGUUUGUUUUGUAUUAUGUUUUUCUUUUGAUUAUCUUUGGACAUUAGUGUAUUGUUAAUUUAAUGUUUUAAGAUUAUGUUAUAUCAGAAGAGAGAAUGAAAUGUGGUUUCCUAAUAAAAAAUAAUGCCUCGGCUAUCGUCACAGCUUUAGUCAUCCUUCUUGUCUGCAUCGUACACUUACUUUGUGUAUAUAUAUACUCCUCCUACGUCAAGGAUCAAUCAUCUCACUCCCGAAAAUAUCAUCACCCACUGUCCAGUGUCCACUUCCUAAUUGUUAUCCGCUUGCUUUAAUGCUUUCAACAAUGGCGGCCGUGUUGCAACAAGAGGAAGUAGUGAUAGUUGGAGCUGGGAUAGCUGGACUAGCAACAUCUUUAGCUCUUCACAGGUAACCACCCCAAUCCCCAAGCUUUCUCGAUCGAUAUAUAACUUCUUAAGUACUGGGUAACUUCAAUUUUCAAUUCUGCUGUGCAGGCUCGGAAUCAGAAGCCUGGUGCUGGAGUCAGCACCGAGCUUGAGGGUUACUGGGUUUGCUCUGGCGACAUGGACGAAUGCUUGGAGAGCUCUGGAUGCUCUUGGGUUAGGGGACGCCCUUCGCCAACAACAUAAGCUGAUUGAUGGAGUGGUGCUUGCUUCCACGAUUACAGAACAGACCAGCGCAGAGGUGCCUUUUUCCGGCAAUGGACAUGAAGCUCGAUGUGUGCAGAGGAAGCUGUUGCUUGAAGCCAUGGAGAAGGAGCUUCCGGUUGGCACUAUCAAGUACUCAUCAAAUGUGGUGUCCAUGGAGGAUUCAGAAUCGGAUUCUGGGUUCUUAGUGAAGUCGCUGCAUCUUUCUGAUGGUACUGUUAUCGAAACUAAGGUGUUGAUCGGCUGCGAUGGAGUGAAUUCCAUGGUGGCAAAUUGGCUAGGAUUCAGCAAGGCAGCAUUCACAGGAAGAUCAGCAGUGAGAAGCGUUGCCAUAUUCCCACAAGGCCAUGAAUUCGGCUCCAAGUUCCUUCUGUUUGUCGGGAAGGGCUUUCGAGCUGGUUGUAUUGCUUGUGAUGACAAAACUUUGUACUGGUUCUUCACUUGGACACCAUCUACCCAAGAGAAGGAUCUCCAAGACAAUCCUGCUAAGCUCAAGGAAUUCGUACUAAGCAAACUCCAGAACACACCUAAUAUGAAGAAAGUUGUGGAGAACACCGAGACAGAAAGAAUCAUGUCCUCCCCAUUACGGUACAGGCGGCCAUGGGAGGUUCUGAUGGGGAACAUAAGCAAAGGCAAUGUCUGUGUUGCAGGGGAUGCCCUGCAUCCAAUGACUCCUGAUAUCGGCCAAGGCGGCUGCUCUGCCUUGGAAGAUGGUGUCACGCUUGGCAGGUGCCUUGCUGAAGCCUUGAAGAAGCAAUCUUCUGGCUUGGGAAGUGAAGAGAUUGGCAAGGAAGAGUCUAAAAGGAUUGAGGCUGGAUUGAGUAGGUAUGCGAAAGAAAGGAGAUGGAGGAGCUUUGAGCUCAUAGCCACAUCUUAUUUGGUGGGUCGUGUGCAGCAAAGUGAAGGAAAGAUUGGGACUUUUGUGAGAGAUCAUGUGUUGGCUAAGUUUCUUGCUGGGUUGUUGCUGAAGAGAGCUGAAUUUGAUUGUGGGAAGCUCAGCAGCUACUAGCAGAUUUCCUCUUUGGUUUUGGGGGAAGAUGUCAGAUCCAAGAGUAAAAUUGAAAGGUAAAAUAUAUGUUUUUCGUAACAUACUAGCAUACAAAUUAUAUCUUGAUGCGGAUUUAGGGAUGAUGUAAGAUCCAAUGUGUAACCCAUUAGGCUGAAAGAAAGACUAAAAAAUAAAAUAUACUUGAAAUACUAUCCACCUUUGUCCCUUUGGAACCAUCCUUCCCACUAUCUGUUCUCAUCGUCACUGCUUUCAUCAUCCUUGAGACUGUUGGCCUCAGUCUACAUCAUAAAGUUGGAGUCUUUCUCGUUGAAAUGUCCAAAGCUGGAGUUAUCUCCGUAAAAGAUUUGGAUAAAAUCAUAAAACAUUGGCACAAUAUCAAGACCCUUCUGCUUGCCGUCAUCAAUGGCGGUAGUUCCCCGAGAAGAAGAUGUAGUGAUUAUUGGAGCUGGUAUAGCAGGACUAGCAACAUCCUUGGCUCUUCACAGGCUUGGAAUCAAAAGCUUGGUGUUGGAAUCAGCAACGAGCUUGAGGGUAACUGGGUUUGCUCUGGGAACAUGGACUAACGCUUGGAGAGCGCUGGACGCUCUUGGUAUUGGAAAUCAUCUUCGCCAACAGCACCGUCUGCUUGAUGGAGUGGUUUUUGCUUCCACUAUUACAGGAGGCAUCAGUGUCGAUAUGUCUCUCACUGGUACUGGACAUGAACUUCGGCGCGUGCAUAGGAAACUGUUGAUUGGAGCCAUGGAAAAGGAACUCCCAAAUGGUACGAUAAGGUACUCCUCCAAGGUAGUUUCUAUGGAGGGAUCGGAGUCAGACUGCUACAAGCUGCUGCAUCUUGGUGAUGGCACCAUCAUCAAAGCCAAGGUGUUGAUUGGUUGCGAUGGAGUGAAUUCCUUGGUGGCAAAGUGGAUAGGAUUGAACGAGGCAGUAACCUCAGGGAGAUCAGGAGUUAGGGGCUCUGCAACAUUCCCAGAAGGUCAUGGCUUUACCUCCAAGCUCUUCAUGUUUGUCGGAAAGGGCUUUCGAGCUGGCUGUCUCCCGUGCGAUGAUAAUACCAUCUACUGGUAUUUCUCCUGGACACCCUCUAUCCAAGAACAUGAUCUCCUGUAUAACCCAUCUAAGCUGAAGGAAUAUGUGCUGAGCAAGCUGCAGAAUGCACCUGAUCUAAAGAAAGUUGUGGAGAAGACUGAGUUGGACAGUGUUAUGUCGUCUCCUUUGCGCUACAGAAAUCCAUGGGAGUUUCUGUGGAAGAAGUUAACCAGAGGUAACGUUUGUGUUGCUGGGGAUGCAUUGCAUCCCAUGACCCCUGAUCUCAGCCAAGGCGGCUGCGCUGCAUUGGAGGACAGUGUGACUCUUGGCAGGUGCCUUGCUGAGGCUUUGAAGAAGAACCCUGGACCUGGAGGGGAGGACACAGAAACUUGCGAGCAAGAGUACAGAAGGAUUGAACUUGGACUGAGAGAAUAUGCCAAGGAGAGGCGAUGGAGAAGCUUUAAGCUCAUAGCUACUGGUUGUUUGGCGGGACGUGUGCAACAGAGCCAGGGGAAUAUCACAACGUUUCUGAGAGAUCGCGUGCUGGCCAAGUUUCUUGCUGGGUUACUGUUGCAAAUAGCUGAAUUUGACUGUGGGACGCUCACUAGCAGAUAG